AUGGAGACACUAAAAGACAAGACCUUGGAGGAGCUGGAGGAAAUGCAGAACGACCCGGAGGCCAUUGACCGGCUGGCCCUGGAGUCCCCUGAGGUCCAGGACCUGCAGCUGGAACGAGAGAUGGCUCUGGCCACCAACCGCAGCCUGGCCGAGCGGAACCUGGAGUUUCAAGGUCCCCUGGAGAUCAGCCGCUCGAACCUCUCGGACAAGUACCAGGAGCUGCGGAAGCUCGUGGAGCGGUGCCAGGAGCAGAAGGCGAAGCUGGAGAAGUUUGCUUCAGCACUGAAGCCAGAGACCUUGUUAGACCUUCUGCAGAUCGAAGGCAUGAAGAUUGAAGAAGAGUCUGAGGCCAUGGCCGAGAAGUUCCUGGAGGGCGAGGUGCCCUUGGAAACGUUUCUGGAGAACUUCUCCUCCAUGAGGAUGCUGUCUCACCUGCGCAGGGUGCGCGUGGAGAAGCUUCAGGAUGUGAUGAGGAAGCCCAGAGUUUCCCAGGAGCCGGCUGGUGACGCCCCUCCUCCGCGCCCCCCGCCCCCGCCUCGCCCGGCCCCCCCGGCGACACCCCCUGUGGCCGAAGAGCCGCCCCCGCCACCGGCGGCCGUGCCUCCCUACCCUUUGCCCUACAGCCCGUCUCCUGAUGUCCAGGACUAG